ACUGCCAUUCUCUUUAGCUCUGUCUGUCUUUCUCACUGUGAUAUUAAAUUAGUUUCCGUCAUAAAGUUCAGAAUCUCAAAGGCCAAUGCAAACCUCUGAGGAACCACCGGUGCUCUCCACCACCACUAGACAGCUCCAGAGGGAUGGUUAUGAUCUGCCAGCCUAUGAUGCUCUUGCCCAGAUCCUCCCGGAAUACCAGCACCUACUCAAAAUACCAAAAGCUCCUCGACAGAGCAAAGGCGAACCAGGAGAACAGAAAAAGAGCCAGAGGUCGUCAGAGCUCAAUCAAACAUUUGAAGUCGUCUCCUCAGCUAGAGGGCUCCCAGUGGCAGAUCAGUCUGAUGACCCACAUGUUGCUGAAAUUAAUGAACACCAAACUAAAGAGCUGGAGAACUACCGCACUGCGAUGUGUAAGAUGGCUGAAGACAUCCUCGCUCUGCGCUCUCAGGUGACCAGCCUAGAGGCGGAGAAUAGUCAGCUACGCAGUGAGCUGUCCCAGCACCAGGACCUUGGUUGGACCCUAUUGGAUGACACUGACAUUGACAUCAUGACCAAGACUGAGAUCACAGACAGAAUUGUUUCUCUAAAGGCUAAAUUGGCCAGUGAGAGCAGUAAAACAGCGGAACAGAGGGAAAAGAUCCAGCGUCUUCAGAACGAGCUCAUCAGGAAGAAUGACAGUGAGAAGGAGUUGGUGUUGUUAAAGCAGGCCCAUCAACAGCAGCAGGCUGUGCUUCAGCGCUAUCAGGGACGCAUCAAGAAAUGUGCAGUGCUGGAGAAUACAGUACGCCAACAGGAGAAGAUUAUUGAACGGAUGGAGAAGUUGCUGGAUACAAAGCUAAGAGAAAGGAAUAAAGAGAACACAGAGAGGAAGAAGGCAGUCUAUAAACGGAAAGAGGAGGAUGCAAGCAAGAGGAGAGAGAUUGAGUCUGUGCUGUCGGCAGAGAAUUCCCGCCUCAGAGAGGAACUGGAAAGGCUGCGCCAUCAGCCACCAGCUGUUAUUAUACAACAACCUGUCCAGACAGAGCAGCCUUUUUCAGACAGUGAGAAGCUGAGACUGUUGGGGCAGCUAGAGAGAGCAGAGGCCUACAUCCACACACUGGAAAAACAGCUGGAGGAGAACGCCAGACUGUGGGGGAGAGAAAAGCAAGAGAUGCUGAUCAGGCUCAGUGAAUAUGAGCAUGGAUUCACACUUACUUCUACAAUGGGUCUGCAUGAUCUGCCACAGAAAAACAUUGCAGACACUGUUCUAAAAAAUGCCCAGCACAGACAACUGGAUCCCAAAAAGUGAUGAAACCUUCAUGCUUUUUAAUACAGUGAAAUGAAACACACACCUGUUUUUUUUUUCAGAUACAUUUACAGUGUAUCAUAGAUGAACUGUAGUAAUUUAACAAAUUAUAUAUGGCUUAGUAAAACACAGAUACAAUAAAACAUUACAUCAGUACCUCC